AUGUAAUAAUAAUAAUUAAAUUAACAGCCUUAAAACAUAAAAAAAAUAGAGGGAUCAUCAACUAGUCCUUAUAGUAAGAUCAAGUUUGAGAAUAAGUAAUCCUAAAGUUCUCCAAGCAUAUUAGUAUUAAUAUAUUAAUGUUUAGAAAGAGAUUGGCUAAUAUGUGUAUAAUUUAAAUGAUGUGAUUGGAACUGGAGAAUUCAGUUCAGUGUAUAAAGGUUAAGAUUAAAACACAAAUGAGACAGUGGCUAUCAAGAUUAUUGAUAGGAAAAGCAUUUAAAACAAUUAAAUUUUUAGAAGUUUAUUAGUUAAUGAGAUAAACAUCCUAAAGUCAGUAGAUAAUAAAUGCUUACUUAAAUUAUACAAUUACCUUGAAACAGUCAAUAAUAUCUAUAUUGUAACUGAAUUUUGUUCUGAUGGUAAUUAGUCUGUGGAUUUUAGGCGAUUUGCAAUCUAUAAUAGAAAAAAAGGGAUAUUUACCAGAACAUAAUGCAGUGAAGAUCUUAAAACAUCUCAUUAAAGCAUUGCUUUAUUUAAAGGAGAGAAAUAUUGUACAUCGAGAUAUUAAGACAUAGAAUAUUUUAGUUUCAAAUUAAAUACCCAAAUUAGCAGAUUUUGGAUUUGCAAUUGACUUGAAUCAACCAUAAACAAAGUAUAUCAAUUAUUAUAUGUAGAGAAAUUUUAUAAAUUGGAACUCCAUUAUAUAUGGCUCCAGAAAUAUAUUCUCAUUAUCAAUAUACUUCAAAAACAGAUUUAUGGGCACUUGGUAUUGUAUUUUAUGAAAUGUUAUUUGGUAUGAAAUAAUGAAAUAAUUAGGAAGGGUACCAUUCAAUGCUAAAAAUCCUAAAGAACUUGAAUAAAUGUUUUCAUUUCAGAGAAAAAAUUAAACUAUAUAAUAUGAUAAUGGUCCAUAAAAAGUCACAGAGACAGCCUAAGAUUUUAUAAAUUCUAUAUUAGUAAUUGACCCUAAAUAACGAUUUGAUAUUUCAUAGGCUGCAAAUCAUCCACUAAUAUAAAGUACUUUAUAUAGUAAUAAAAGACCCACAUCCACAUGCAAAUAAAUAAAAUUGA